UUUUUUUUCAAAGAAGCCAAUCAGCGUCCGCUGUCAGAUGCUUUUGCUCGAACAAUCCAAUCAGAACACUUUCAGCAACAAUUUAAAGGUCAGUGCGGCAAUUUUCAGAACAUUUGCUUUCCUUCAAACUAGAGGUUUUCAAUCACAGCAGAACUUAAUUUUGCCGUUUUUAGCAUCUUUUUGAUCCAUCUAAAAUGUCUGAAACUCAACGCUUGACUCAGUUCAAGAACAAAGGCAGAGAUGCUAAUGAGCUCCGACGCCGGAGAGUGGAGGUGAACGUCGAGCUCCGGAAGGCGAAGAAAGAUGAUCAGAUGUUCAAGAGGAGAAAUGUGGCCGCAGUUCCUGAGGACGCCACUUCCCCUCUUCAGGAAAGGACUCAGAACUGCCAGAACUCCAGGCAGUGGACCAUUGAAGAGAUUGUCUCUGGGCUGAACAGUGGCACCCGGGAGUCCCAGCUCCAGGCGACCCAGGCCGCACGGAAACUUCUGUCACGUGAGAAACAUCCUCCCAUCGAUCAGAUGAUCAGUGCUGGCCUCAUCCCAAAGUUUGUGGCCUUUCUGGGUAUGAUGGAUUUUCACCCGAUCCAGUUUGAGGCCUCCUGGGCUUUGACCAACAUCGCCUCUGGAACGUCUGAUCAGACGGCUGCUGUGGUAGAGGGCGGGGCCAUUCCUGCUUUUAUUAACUUGGUCACGUCCCCCCAUCAACACAUCAGCGAGCAGGCGGUCUGGGCUCUUGGAAAUAUUGCUGGUGAUGGCUCGGCGUUUAGAGACAGAGUGAUCAAGCAUGGAGCUGCAGGCGCCCUGCUGAGUCUGCUGGCUGUCCCUGAUCUGAAUGUGUUUUCUCCUGGCUAUUUGAGAAACGUGACGUGGACGCUGUCGAAUCUUUGCCGCAACAAGAACCCCUCCCCGCCCAUAACUGCAGUCCAGCAGGUCAUGCCCGCUCUCAUCCGCCUGCUCCACCACGACGACCGGGAGGUGCUGGCUGACGCCUGCUGGGCCGUUUCGUACCUGACCGACGGUUCAAAUGACCGGAUAGAGAUCGUGGUCGGGACGGGUUUGAUUCCCCGCCUGGUGAAGCUGCUCGGCUUUGACGAGCUGCCCGUAAUUACUCCCGCUCUGCGUGCCAUCGGCAACAUAGUGACGGGUACAGACGAGCAGACUCAGGCUGUUCUGGAUGCUGGGGCCUUGUCCAUGUUCCCUAAACUGCUGCGCCACAAAAAACCAAACAUUCAGAAGGAAGCCGCCUGGACUCUGUCCAACAUCACCGCCGGGAAGGACUCUCAGAUCCAGGAGGUCAUCAAUGCCGGACUCGUGCCGUACUUGGUGGACUUGCUAGUGCGGGCGGACUAUAAAACUCAGAAGGAGGCUGUGUGGGCAGUCACAAACUUCACCAGUGGGGGCACUGUUCAGCAGGUGGUGUACUUGGUUCAAGCUAAUGUGCUGGAGCCUCUGCUGAACCUGCUCUCCUCUAAAGACUGCAAAACCAUCCUCGUCAUCUUGGAUGCAAUAACAAACAUCUUUUUGGCCGGAGACAAGAUCGGGGAAUCCGACAAACUGAGUCUAAUGAUCGAAGAAUUUGGUGGGCUGGACAAGAUCGAGGCGCUGCAGGCUCAUGAGAAUGAGAUGGUCUACAAAGCUGCUCUCAACCUGAUUGAGAAGUACUUCUCUGAGGAGGAGGAGGUGGUGCAGUGUGUGGUUCCUCAAGCGACGGAUGACGCGUACGCCUUCCAGAUCAGUGAUGAACAAAGCACUUUCAAUUUCUAAAUGGUUCUGCUCAUGUCUGAACUGCAGCCUCUAUGCUACUGUUUGUCACUUGUUUGUAUUUCUAUGUUUUGUACAAAAACGUUUUAACUCGAGUUUGUAAAUAAAGUUGGUGGAUCUUGC